AUGCUGACCAGGGGGCUUCCCCUGCGCUCAGUCCUGGUCAAAGGCUGCCAGCCCCUCCUGGGCACCCCAUGGGAGGGCCCUGGCCAUCCCAGGGUGACCCCUGGAGAGGGAGCUGGCCUGUCCACUCGCCCCAGCCCUCGCCCCUUCAGAGAAAUCCCCUCUCCUGGUGACAACGGCUGGCUAAACCUGUAUCAUUUCUGGAGGGACAGUGGCUCUCACAAAAUCCACUACCACCAAAUGCAGAAUUUCCAGAAGUAUGGCCCCAUUUAUAGGGAGAAGCUCGGCAACCUGGAGUCCGUUUAUAUCAUCGAUCCUGAAGACGUUGCUGUUCUCUUUAAGUUCGAAGGUCCCCACCCUGAGCGCUAUCAAGUCCCGCCCUGGGUGGCCUAUCACCAGCAAUUCCAGAGGCCCCUUGGAGUCCUGCUGAAGAAGUCCGUAGAGUGGAAGAGAGACCGGCUAGCCCUGAACCAGGAGGUGAUGGCUCCGGAGUCGAUAAAGAACUUCAUCCCCCUGAUGGACCCGGUGUCUCAGGACUUCAUCAGCCUCCUGCACAGGCGCAUGGAGCAGCAGGACAUGGGAAAGUUCUCAGGGGACAUCAGCAAUGACCUGUUUCGCUUUGCCUUUGAGUCCAUCACCAAUGUCAUAUUUGGGGAGCGUCUGGGGAUGCUAGGGGAAAGAGUGGACCCCGAGUCUGAGCGCUUCAUUGAUGCUGUCUACCAGAUGUUCCACACCAGCGUCCCCAUGCUCCACCUCCCUCCAGACCUGUUCCGUCUGCUCCGGACCAAGACCUGGAAGGACCACGUGGCUGCAUGGGAUGUUAUUUUCAAUAAAGCUGAGAUGUACAUCCAGAACUUCCACUGGGACCUGAGACAGAAAAGAGACUUCGACAGUUACCCGGGCAUCCUCUACCGCCUGCUAGGAAGUAACAAGAUGCUCUUAGAGGAUGUCAAGGCCAAUGUCACCGAGAUGUUGGCCGGGGGUGUGGACACGACGUCCAUGACCCUGCAAUGGCACUUGUACGAGAUGGGGCGCUGCCCGCAGAUGCAGGAGAUGCUGCGGGAGGAGGUCCUGGCUGCCCGGCGCCAGGCCCAGGGAGACCUGAGCAAGAUGGUGCAGCUCGUCCCGCUUCUCAAAGCCAGCAUCAAGGAGACCCUGAGACUCCACCCCAUCUCUGUGACCCUGCAGCGAUACGUGGAAAACGACAUGGUCCUUCGAGGUUACCUGAUCCCUGCCAAGACGCUGGUGCAGGUGGCAGUCUAUGCCAUGGGCCGAGACGCCAGCUUCUUCUUCAAACCGAACAAGUUUGAUCCAACCCGAUGGCUGGGGAAAAACAAAGACCUCAUUCACUUCCGGAACCUGGGUUUCGGCUGGGGUGUGCGGCAGUGUGUGGGCCGGCGCAUCGCUGAGCUGGAGAUGACCCUCUUUCUCAUCCAUAUUCUGGAGAACUUCAAAGUUGAACUCCAGUAUCUCAGCGACGUGGACACCACUUUCAACCUCAUACUGAUGCCUGACAAGCCUAUCUUCUUCACCUUCCGGCCCCUCCCUCAGGGCCCACCUGGUGGGUGAUCAGAGAGGAUGGGCAUUGGAGGGGGGCUCGUGGGGCAUCUGCUUCUUUACCUGGUCCUCUGCCCCUUCUCCCUCCCAGCCACCUCUGACCCGAUGGAAUGGGCACUCAGUGGUCAAUGUCCCAGCUCAGCUUGACACCCCCUUUCCUCCCCACCUUCCCCAUUGCGUGAGGACAAUAAACUGA